AUGGAUUGUUCAAACAUAAUUUAUUUUCUUGUUUUAUUUAUUUAUAUAACGAUUACAUUGGAAUAUAAUGAUGAUUAUGAUAUUGAACAGGAAAUGGCAUCUCAAUCUUUUGUACCAAUAUCUGAAUCAAUUCAUCAUUUAAGUUCUUCAAUAUUUGAUUCAUUGUCUCAAUCAAAUAUAUCUUUAACAUCAUUUUUAUUUACUGAUCAAACAAUCAAUUUUGAUGGUCUUGGUAUAUCUAGUAUAGAACCAAAUACAUUUAUUAAUUAUCGUAUACCAGUUACAACAAUCAUAUUAGCAUCAAAUCAUCUUUCGUAUCUUCCAAAUAAUGUUUUUCAACCAUUUAGUUCAACUCUUAUUAACCUUAAUUUGCAACGUAAUCGAUUUCGUUCACUCAUAAAUAAUUAUUUUCUACGUCGUCUUGAACAAUUACGUACACUUGAUUUAAGUAAAAAUCAAUUAGACGAAUUACAUAAACAAGAUUUUACUGAUCUCAGACGUUUAGAUACAUUAAUUUUACGUGAAAAUAAAUUAACUUAUUUACCCGAUGCUGUAUUUAGUCGUUGUCGAACGAUAACAACGCUUGAUCUAUCUGAUAAUGAAAUAUCUACAAUGGAUUUCAAUGCAUUUCGUUCAUUAUAUCGUCUGAAAAUUCUUUUAUUAAGUAAUAAUCCAUUAGGACAACGUUUAUUAACAAAUCAAUUAAUGGAACCAUUAAAAAAUCUUGAAUAUCUUGAUCUUGAAAAUACUGAAUUAAAUAAUCUUUCACCAUUUUUAUUUAUUUCAAAUCAACAUUUACGAUCAAUAAAAUUAAGACGAAAUAAUUUUCAAACAAUGACAAAUGAUUCAUAUCAUAGUUUACAACGAACAUUUUGUCGUGCACAUUCAUUAAUUGAAAUUGAUCUUGUUAGUACACACUUACGCUCACUUGAUGUUUGUACUUAUGAUCAAAUUCCAUCAUUACGUCGUCUUUACUUAAUGAAUAAUCCACUUCAUUGUACAUGUGAUUUAUUUUAUUUAAAAUAUGGUGAUAUCUAUCGAGUUUUAUUAAUUGAUGGAAAUGGUAUUGAUCGUAUACAUACAGAUAUAGAUACAUAUCUUGAUCGAUGGAUAUCAAGACCUGAACUUCGUCGUCAUUUAGAAAAAGCAUAUGCACAUGGUGAUUUUUAUCGAUUACCAAUAGAAUUAUCAUUAUUUGCACGAUGUGCAACUCCUAAACAAUGGUCUGGACGUGAAAUAGGAAAUAUAACAGGAAUUUUUACACAAUGUCAACAACGAUGGUCUAAUAUUGAACAAGAAUGUCAAAAUUAUUGUCAAUUAGAUAAGGAAAUUCAAAUUUCCAUGACAACAAUUAAAAAUAUUUCAUCCGGAUCUAUUCAAUUUAAUUUAUUCUUUCUUCGAUGGUAUUCUAUUGUGUUAACAGUUUUUCUUUACAUUUGA